UCUGUUCUCUGCAGUCACGCCUGUUCUUUCUUAGCUGCAUGCUUCUCGAGCGCUGCAGACUCAUCGCAGCCUCACUGUAACAUCCAAAUAUCUGCUCAAAAUGGCCCUUCACGUCCCUAAAGCACCGGGCUUUGCUCAGAUGUUAAAGGAUGGUGCGAAGCACUAUUCUGGUCUUGAAGAGGCAGUUUACAGGAAUAUUCAGGCUUGUAAAGAACUAGCACUGACCACAAGGACCGCGUAUGGACCCAACGGUAUGAACAAAAUGGUCAUCAACCACCUGGAGAAACUCUUUGUCACAAAUGAUGCUGCCACCAUUCUCAGAGAACUGGAGGUUCAGCAUCCAGCAGCUAAGAUGAUUGUAAUGGCAUCUCACAUGCAAGAGCAGGAAGUUGGUGAUGGGACGAAUUUUGUGCUGGUGUUUGCUGGCGCUCUUUUAGAGCUGGCAGAGCAGCUGCUGAGGAUGGGCCUGUCUGUGUCGGAGGUGAUUGAGGGAUAUGAGAUGGCAAGUAAGAAAGCUCUGGAGAUUUUGCCUGAUUGUGUUUGCACCUCGGCUAAAAACCUGCAUGAUCUGGAAGAGGCCACGGCAAUGAUCCGCACAGCUGUCAUGAGCAAACAGUACGGCAAUGAAGACUUCCUGGCUAACCUUAUCGCGCAAGCUUGUGUCUCCAUCUUCCCUCAGUCCGGCCAUUUCAAUGUUGAUAAUGUCAGAGUCUGCAAAAUUUUGGGUUGUGGACUGAACUCUUCUACAGUGCUUCAUGGGAUGGUGUUUAAAAAGGAGGCUGAAGGAGAUGUCACAUCAGUCAAAGAUGCAAAGAUAGCAGUGUUCUCCUGCCUAUUCGACAGCAUGGUUACUGAAACCAAGGGUACAGUACUGAUAAAGAAUGCAGAAGAGCUGAUGAAUUUUAGUAAAGGAGAGGAGGACCUGAUGGAGGCCCAGGUCAAAUCUAUCGCUGAUUCUGGAGCCAAUGUGAUUGUUACUGGGGGUAAAGUUGCUGACAUGGCCCUUCAUUAUGCCAACAAAUACAAGCUCAUGGUGGUCAGGCUUAACUCAAAAUGGGACCUUAGAAGAUUAUGCAAAACUGUAGGAGCCACUGCACUGCCCAGACUGACUGCACCUACGCCAGAAGAGAUGGGCCACUGUGACAGUGUUUACCUAUCAGAGGUUGGAGACACUCAGGUCGUUGUCUUUAAACAUGAUAAAGAGGACGGCGCCAUCUCUACUUUGGUAAUUCGCGGAUCCACAGACAAUCUGAUGGACGAUAUUGAGCGUGCCAUUGAUGAUGGAGUAAACACCUUUAAAGUUCUUGUCAAGGACAAGCGUCUUUGUCCAGGUGCAGGUGCCACAGAAAUCGAGCUGGCUAAACACAUAACCUCCUAUGGAGAGUCAUGUCCAGGCCUGGAGCAGUAUGCCAUUAAGAAGUAUGCUGAGGCGUUUGAGAUGCUGCCUCGUGCCUUGGCAGAAAAUUCUGGGGUGAAGGGCAACGAGCUGAUCUCCAAACUGUACGCUGCUCACCACGAGGGCAACAAGAACAUCGGCUUUGACAUUGAGGGAGAGGGGCCUGCUUUGAAGGAUAUGAAGGAGGCUGGUAUCCUUGAACCUUACCUGGUCAAACACUGGGGCAUCAAACUGGCCACAAACGCAGCCAUUACUGUUCUCCGUGUAGAUCAGAUUAUUAUGGCAAAGCCAGCAGGGGGACCCAAAGCCCCCAAACAGCAAGGACACUGGGACAAGGAUGAUUGGGACGAGGCGCCAGACAAAUUUGAUACACAUCAUUGAUAAAUCAAAAAUGAUAGCAAAGAUCAUCAUGGCAAAGCCCGCUGGAGGACCCAAAGCUCCACAAGGAAAGAAGGACUGGGAUGAUGAUGAAUGAUGCUGUUAACCUGCGAGUUCCUCUGUCUGUUCCUAACUGUCUUAGCUUUUCAAGUGUUGUGUAUUUAAUAUCGAGCCUAUUCUUUUGUAUUUUUUUUAGGAGAAGCCAUACAUGUUAACAGUGCGUGGCUUUGAGCUGUUUAUUUGGUCCCAAUAAAAGGCACUUGAGCUGUCA